UGAAAUCGCUGUUCUGAGUUUCUGAGAGCCAUGGGUGUCUCUUUGCUUGUGCUGGCGCUGUGCUUCGCGCCAGCGAAAGCCUUCUUGAAUCUGGAGGGUCUCACCAACUGCUUGCAAGACAACCUGAAGUUCGGGGCGCAGGCGCUGGUGAACCAGGGCUUUGCAGAGGUCUGCUGCAAGGUGCCCCAGCACUGGGCGGAGCCCGCGGGCUCCCUGAACCGCGUGAACUUCUGGCAGGAGCUCGGCUCAGGCGUCACCACCUUCUACGACGCCCAGUGCGGCAUUCCGCUCUUCCGCGCCCCGGUGGGCCGCUCCUUGGCGGAGUUCCAGGCAGAGUCCAACGGCCACGGCUGGCCCUCCUUCCGCGAGGAGGAGCUGGUCAAGUCCAACAUCGAGGUGAAGGAAGAUGGAGAGGUGGUCUCCAGAUGUGGGACUCAUUUGGGCCACAACUUGCCGGACCAAGCCGGGAACCGCUACUGCAUCGACCUGCUCUGCAUCGCGGGUCACCCCAAGUGAACCAUCGGUUGGAUGCUGAGCAAAUCGGAGGUUUCCGGCAGCACCUGCCGC